UGUGAAAGGAGAAAAAAUAAAAUAGAAUACUUAUUAAGGAAUAAUACAAUUAAGCCAAUGGACUGCUACCGACGAGCCGGCAGUCGAGUCUGCCUCACCUAUUUGGUGUCAUUUGUCCUGCUUUCAGUGUUUUUCUACUACUUAAUGGCGUAUAACGGUAGUAAUAAAAGGGGAAUAAUAAGGCUGCAAGAGGACCUGGACCAUUUAUCACACAUGCUCCGAAAGCAACAGGUUGAUUGCAAGGAAGCCCAUAUCUCUCAACACGACACGAACGAAAGACCGAAAGCCAUCGCGUCAGGGAGAUGCGACAAGCGGGAUGUCACCGAAUAUGUGGACACGCUGAUCAAGCGUAAAAUCGGACACCUCAUGGACGACGUGUACAAUUUAAAAAAUCAGAUCAUAAACGCUGAUUGUAUGGCUCGGAAGGAACAACCCAUUUCUGCGAAAGAGUUCGCACAUGUGGUUCCGAAUCGCAUUAACUUUGCUUGCGAAGCGAUGGGUGCCAGAAUCAUUCAUGUGAUUGCACGCCCCAUUGGUGGCACCAAUAUGAUCAAGAGGUUUCUGGGCCUAGAAUUUAGUGCAAAUCCACCGGUAAAUAUGCUGCGUCCCAGCCUAGCUCCAGGAGCGUGUUUCGGCUUUAGUGGCAGCCAAGCAACGGUGGUCCUGCACUUGGCCAAACCUAUACUUGUAGAGGCUAUUGCCCUGACUCACGUAUCUAGAGAAAUGACCCCAAGUGUGUGUGUUGACAGCGCUCCCAAGGACUUUGACGUGUAUGGUUUGCCCGCGGAUAGCUCCAAACGGAACUUAUUAGGACAGUUAACCUUCAACAACGACGCCAAUAGGCGUACUCAAACUUACAAUGUCAACAGCAACAGUUUCUAUCCGAAGUUGGUCUUAGCUUUCCGCUCCAAUCACGGCGCCAAUUCUACUUGCAUAUACCGCUUAGAAGUGUACGGAAGACCACAGUAAUUCUAACUAUUCUAAGUACAGCUCAACGAUGGAUAUAUGUGUUAUAAUUUUAAAAUGUAAGAUUGCCAAAUGUCAUUAAAUAUAACGCAAUCGUUUCAAUGAUUUAGGGAAGCUUUAUAAGUGGAUUAUAAAGAAUCGAUCCAGUUGCACCAAUUCAC